CCACACCCGCGCCUGCCCGCCACCACCUCCGCCGCGUCAGCACCGCUGCCUGCUCGUGGGCCUGCGCCCUGCGCUGCCGUGCCGACGGUGGUGACGCCCGACAACGCCACGGGCGUGUUUGAGGAGCUGGCCGCGGGGCAGCAGCGCAAGUACAUCAUGAUCAGCGGCAAGGGCGGCGUGGGCAAGACCAGCCUGUCCGCCUCCCUGGCCGUGAAGCUGGCGGCGGCGGGUCACACCACCCUGGUGGUGUCCACCGACCCCGCCCACUCCCUCAGCGACUCACUGGCUCAGGACGUGAGCGGCGGCAGGCCUGUGCUGCUGCAGGGGACCGAUCUGCCGCUCUGGGGUCUGGAGAUCGACCCUGAGGAGGCCAAGCGCGAGUUCUUUGAGGGCAGCGGCGCGGGCCAGGACGGCGAGGCGGGGGGGCCCAGCGCGGCGUCGCAGGUCAGCGACUUCAUGAACCGCAUGGGCAUGGGCUUUGUCAUCGACCAGCUCAAGGAACUGAAGCUGGGCGAGCUGCUCAACACGCCGCCGCCAGGCCUGGAUGAGGCGGUGGCCAUUGCCAAGGUGGUCCAGUUCGUGCAGGCGGCCGAGUACGCCCGCUUCAGCCGCAUCGUGUUCGACACCGCCCCCACUGGCCACACGCUGCGCCUGCUGGCGCUGCCCGACUUUGUGGAUGCGUCGCUGGCCAAGGUUAUCCGGCUGCGCAAGAAGCUCAACGGCGCCACCUCCGUCGUGCGCGGCCUGUUCGGAGCGGGCGAGAGCCAGGACGAGGCGGUUGAGAAGCUGGAGCUGCUGCAGCAGCGUGUCCGCAUGGUGAAGGCGCUGUUCCGCGACAAGACCCAGACCGAGUUCAUCAUCGCCACAAUCCCCACCUACCUGGGAGUCAACGAGAGCAGCAGGCUGCUGCAAGCGCUGCGGGCCGAGCAAAUCCCCUGCAAGCGCAUCAUCGUGAACCAGAUCGUGGGACCGCAGCAGGGUGACGCCUACCUGCGCAUGAAGAUGAAGGACCAGAUUGCGGCGCUGGAGAUGGUGGCGAACGACCCAGGGCUGAGGCCCCUGCGCAAGGUUAUUGCGCCCAUGGUGGACGUGGAGGUUCGCGGCGUGCCCGCACUGUCCUACUUUGGCAACGUGGUGUGGAAGGAUGUGUACGACCAGAUGAACCAGGGCGCCGACCGCAAGUUCUUCCUGCUGGGCGGCAAGGGCGGCGUGGGCAAGACCAGCUGCUCCUCAUCGCUGGCGGUCCACUUCGCCAACGACGGCCUGCCCACCCUGGUGGUGUCCACCGACCCCGCCCAUUCCCUGAGCGACGCAUUCGACCAGGACCUGUCCGGCGGCAGCCCCGUCAAGAUCACCUCGCCGCUGGGUGACGAGCUGCCGCUGUGGGGCCUGCAGCUGGACCCCGAGCAGGCCAAGGCGGAGCUGCGGGCGGUGCUUGCGGACGACGGCGGCAAGAAGCUGAACGAGACGCUGGACGGUCUUGGCCUGGGUGUGAUCAGCGACCAGCUCAAGGACCUGCAGCUGGGCGAGCUGCUGGACACGCCGCCGCCCGGCGUGGACGAGGCCAUUGCCAUCGCCAAGGUGGUCCAGUUCCUCAAGGCCCCCGAGUACUCGCACUUCAAGCGCAUCGUGUUCGACACCGCCCCCACUGGCCACACCCUGCGCCUGCUGUCGUUGCCCGACUUCCUAGACGCCUCCAUCGGCAAGCUGGUGCGGCUGCGCCAGAAGCUGUCCGCCGCGACCUCGGCCGUGAAGAACCUGUUCAGCGGCGGCCAGCCGGGAGAGGAGGACGUAGCGGUGAAGCGCCUGGAGGCGCUGCAGGCGAGCAUGGAGGACGCCAAGGCGAUGUUCCGCAACCAGCAGACCACCGAGUUCAUCAUUGUCACCAUUCCCACCGUCAUGGCCACAGCUGAGAGCUGCAGGCUGGCGUCGGCGCUGCAGCACGAAGGCAUCCCGCUCAAAACCAUCAUCGUCAACCAGGUGGUGCAGGCCAACGCAACAGACAAGUUCCUGACCGCACGCCGAGCAGACCAGGCCCGCGCGCUGCACCACCUGGAGGAGGACACGGGCCCGGACGGCCUGGCGUCGCUGCAGCUGAUCAAGGCGCCGCUGUGCGACCUGGAAGUGCGCGGCGUGCCCGCGCUGUCGUACUUCGGCAACGUGGUGUGGAAGUGAGGAGACUACUAGAUGAGGCGUGUGUGCGGUGCGUGCGGCUGACUGACGGGCUGACUGACCGACUGGAUAACUGACAGAUUGACUGCGCGGUACUGCGGCGUAUGAAGCUAAGGGGCAGGACUUCCCGCGCCGCAGGGAAGGCCGCCAUGCCAUGUGAUUGUGCUGCAUCGCGCAUGGUUGCGUUGGUGGCUACUGGCUAGAUGUGCAUGUGCGUAAGUUUCCUCCGGCCUCCGGGCCGCCAGGCACAAUUGGAGCGUGCGCACGUGCAAAGCGCAGAGGAGGAGGAGGAAACGGGUGCGGAGGCGUGGGAGGCAGGGCACCCUUGGUGGGAGGCUGAGUCCUCAGUCAUUCUGUUGUAUCCUCAACCAUAGAAGCACAAUCUACCUUCCAACACUGUCUGACGCAACCUAUGGCGCGACUUCCGCGAGUCCAUAUCGUGGGCAACAGCAGUUGCGGGCACUUCUGCAGCGAUGAGCAACAAGCAUUUCGAAAGCGACACUCUAGAGCUGAAGAUGAA